AUGGUCGCUGGAUCGGAGACGGUUAAACUUACUGUUCCAAAGUUUCACCCACCGUCUGCGACGCAAGCUGCUGUUGUUGCUGUUGUUGUUGCUGCUGUUGUUGUUGCUGUUGCUGUUGUUGCUGUUCAUAAAUUGUUAUUAUUAUUAGCCAUUGAGCAGAGCAUUGACGUGCUCUGUACGUGUCUGCAGUUUUAUAAAAAUUUUAUUACUUGAAUCACAAAUUAUUUCACAAAUAUCCAUCAGUAAAUAUUGUAAUCAUGAUUCGUUCAAGUUUUAUAUUAAUGUUGUUGACUUGCCUCGUUUGUUCGUUCUGUGAGAAAGAUUUCGUUACACUCGGUCGACAUUCAUGGCGAUGUAAACAGCGAGUUAAUUACGCAGAACAAGAUCACUCUGCCGAAAAUACGGGAAGGCAAACGCCCAUGAUGGAUUCUCCUAAUGUUGUUGUGUCAAGUCGAACCAUAAUCAAGUGUUGCUGUGGUAAAGUAUGUAAAGGAGCAUGAGGAUUAAAGAUGCAUCAACGCAGUUGUAGAGUUAUUCAAGGUCUAGACAGUGAAUUCUGUACAGACCUAGAGGAACAAAAACAAUUCUGACACGGAAAAUAUUCCUGAAAUGGACCAUUCGACAAUCAACAAAACUCCUAUGGUUGAAAAGAAAGAUAUUGCGAAUUUAAGAAAAGGUAUUAAACCCCCUAAAAGCAAUUCCGAAUGGUCAACAGCCAACAAACAUUUCAAAUUUGCACUUCACUCCAUUGAUCCAAUCACAUCACAAAAUUUAAAUUCCAACAUAAAGCUAUUAAAUAACAUCAUAUACGAUUACUUCGCCCAAAACUUUGGUUAUAGCCUGACAAUUCGCCAUUAAAUAAAUAUAAGGACUAUGAAAUCAAGGAUUUGAAAAAAGCUCUGAAAACCCUUAAAUCAACGAAUGGUGAACAAGAUGAAAUUAAAUAUGUGUCACAUAUAUUGCGUGAUAAGCUUCGCUCAAACAAUAACAAUGAGUCUAGUCUAGACAGCAGCCAGUCACUUAACCAUGACAAAUAUAUCCGGAAAAAUUUCUGGGGUUAUGUCAAGAAUAUUGUAAGGAAGAAAGACACUGUAUUACCAUCUUUCAACAUGAUGCAAUGCCUUUCCCACUUCAUUAAAACCCUUGCUGCAAUUCAUCCAAACAAAUUGUUCAAUAUUCCUAGCUGGAUUCCUGCGUUGUCUGACCCUGAAAUUCAAUUUGACCUUGACCCCCAUCGUAUCAACAAGUCACAAAUAUAAUACGCAAAAUGAAAGCAUCUGGCUCUCCAUGUCACAACAUAUCACAUUACAAUAUAGGCGACAAACAACAAGCCACAAAGCACUCUGCGCAAAAUUUAAAUAAAACGCACCUAUAUGUACGCCUAGUAAACCAGUAAAAAGCAAAAUUCAAAAACCUAACACACCAGACAGAAGAAUGGAGGAAAAAGAGGAAGAGAAGGAGAGAUAUGCGAGAAAUACAACAAAUGUUUACGAUCAUGAUGGGGAUCAACAUGUCCUAUACAGGGUGUAGUAUUCUUACUACAUAGUAACAAAAUAAACCCCAAAAUGACUUCGGAAACCAAAAAAAUCCGUUAAUAUGAAAUAUUAUGUGUAAAUAACAUGUCCAAUACGGGGUAUAGUAUUCUAACUACAUAGUAACAAAAUUAACCCCAAAAUGCAUUAUUUCGGAAACCAAAAAAAUCUGUCAAACGGGGUAUAGUAUUUUUACUACAAAGUAACAAAAUUAACCCCAAAAUGAUUUCGGUAAUCAAAAAAAUGUCACAUAUGUCCUAUAUGGGGUACAGCAUUUUUACUACAUAGUAACAAAAUCAACCCCAAAAUGAUUUCGGUAACCAAAAAUAUCCGUUAAUAUGAAAAUUGAGGGUCACUUUUUACCAUGUCCUAUACAGGGUAUAGUAUUUUUACUGCAUAGUAACAAAAUUAACCCCAAAAUUAUUUCGGUAACCAAAAAAAUGUCGUUAAUAUGAAAAUUGAGGGUCACUUUACAACAUGUCCUAUACAGGGUGUAGUAUUCUUACCACAUAGUAACAAAAUAAACCCCAAAAUGACUUCGGAAACAAAAAAAAUCCAUUAAUAUGAAAAUUGAGGGUCACUUUUUACCAUGUCCUAUACGGGGUAUAGUAUUCUAACUACAUAGUAGACUGCGAGCAAUCCCUAAUAAAUAGAGGGAUUGCCGCUUUAACUAAUUGUCAAGCGUGUUUGAUUAAGCUCCGCCUACUUGUUUAUAUUUCAAAACAGGGUCAAAAACAUCUCUUGAAAGGCGCAUUAACCCCAAAAUAUUUCGGUCACAACAAAUCCGUUAAUAUGAAAAUUGAGGGUCACUUUAUAACAUGUCCUAUACAGGGUGUAUAUUCUUACUACAUAGUAACAAAAUAAACCCAAAAUGACUUCGGAAACCAAAAAAUAGUAUUCUUACUACAUUGUAACAAAAUUAACCCCAAAAUAUUUGGUAACCAAAAAAAUGUCGUUAAUAUGAAAAUUGAGGGUCACUUUUACCAUAUCUUAUACGAGGUAUAGUAUUCUUACUACAUUGUAACAAAAUUAACCCCAAAAUUAUUUCGGUCACCAACAAAUUCCGUUGAUAUGAAAAUUGAGGGUCACUUUAUAACAUGUCCUAUACAGGGUGUAGUAUUCUUACUACAUAGUAACAAAAUAAACCCAAAAAUGACUUCGGAAACCAAAAAAAUCUGUUAAUAUGAAAAUUGAGGGUCACUUUUUACCAUGUCUUAUACGAGGUAUAGUAUUCUUACUACAUUGUAACAAAAUUAACCCCAAAAUUAUUUAGGUAACCAAAAAAAUGUUGUUAAUAUGAAAAUUGAGGGUCACUUUUUACCAUGUCCUAUACGGGGUAUAGUAUUCUAACUACAUAGUAACAAAAUUAACCCCAAAAUGAUUUCGGUCACAAACAAAAUCCGUUAAUAUGAAAAUUGAGGGUCACUUUAUAACAUGUCCUAUACAGGGUGUAAUAUUCUUACUACAUAGUAACAAAAUAAACCCCAAAAUGACUUCGGAAACCAAAAAAAUCCGUUAAUAUGAUAAUUGAGGGUCACUUUUUACCAUGUCCUAUAUGGGGUAUAGUAUUCUUACUACAUUGUAACAAAAUUAACCCCAAAAUGAUUUUGGUAACCAAAAAAAUGUCGUUAAUAUGAAAAUUGAGGGUCACUUUUACCAUGUCCAAUACGGGGUAUAGUAUUUUUACUACAUGUAACAAAUCCAUGACUAAUGCAACCAAUUUAUGCCCCCUAACAGUCAGUUUAAACUGAGUUUAAAGCCCACUAGGUAUAGUGAUUACAUAUUGCCAACACAAAUUAUAUGUAAACCUUUUCAGUCACAUCCAAUCCCAUUCCUUAACCCAUUAAGCGCCAGCGCUCUCCCCUUGACGAGUAAAAUUGUCUGGCGUUAGACAGAGUAAAAUACUAAAGUAGGGUGCAUCAGGGUGCAAUGCUACUCAAUGGGUUAACUAGACACAUGGGCAGAUAGGCCAGUUAACCCAUUAAGCGCCAGCGCUCUCCCCUUGACGAGUGAAAUCGUCUGGCGUUAGACAGAGUAAAAUCGUCUGGCGUUAGACAGAGUAAAAUACUAAAGUAGGGUGCAUCAGGGUGCAAUGCUACUCAAUGGGUUAAACCCCAGCUUCUGACUCUAACGCUGACUCAAUUAUAACUCAACUUGAACUCAUAAAUCCCCCCCCCCCCCAAAUGAUGGUAGGUACACUAUAUUUGUAAAAGUAAUUUUUAAAUGUCAAAGGGGGGGGGGGCUGCAUUUCUUGCGUUUUCUGAAGCAAAUUCGUAAAAGAAUUGCACUAACAUUUCUGACAAUUCACUAUUUCGCAAAGGCAAAUUUUUUAUAUUGAAAGGGCACCUUUCUCACUGGCGCAAGCUUGCCCAAAGGUCAAAUGAUCCCUUGGCGUGGUCUGCGUACACUAACUACGUCAGCCUAUCCUAUAGUUUGGAAAAUUGCCGAAGUUACACCAAUUCCGGCCAAAGGGAAAAGAUCACCCGGAAGUGGCGAAUAAUAACAGACCAAUAUCAUUAUUACCUGUUUUAUCAAGGUUUGCGAAAGGGUUGCCUCUCUCCAACAGACAGCAGGUUGUACGAAUAAACAGUACGUAUCGGAUGCCUUGCCUUUGACGAACGGCGUGCCGCAGGGAAGUAUCCUUGGGCCUUUACUUUUUAACAUCUAUGUCAACGACCUCUCAACUGCACCUCAAAACUGUGAUCCACAUUGCUACGUAGACGACACAGGUCUACUGCACUCCUUUAAAGCUCAGAGUAAAUCUUUUGCUAUAGAGAAUAUUACCGAGGAUUUGACUAAAGUCCGAAAUUGGUGUUUUAGCAAUUGCCUGCUUCUGAACCCUGAAAAGACCAAGUUAUUGGUGUUUGGGAGCAGACAAAUGCUAUCUAGACUACAGGACUUUUCCCUGACACUAUUGGGAAAAGAAAUAAACCCUAUCGGAAUGGCAAAGGACCUUGGCGUGACUCUGGAUGUUAAUUUAACCUACAACCACCAUAUUAAUAAGACCGUCUCCACGUGUAUGUCCAUACUGGGUCAAAUUAAUCGUGUGAAGCAUGCCUCGACAAAUGUACUCUGAUUACUACAUGAACAGUUUGGUUUUCAGCAGACUUUAUUAUUGUUCCAAUGUAUGGUGUAACACCUCAAAGUGUAACAGCGAGAAACUGCAGUUAAUUCAGAAUUUAAUUUGUGGUAUAAGGAAAUUUGACCAUGUCACACCAGCACUAAAGGAAUUGAAAUGGCUGCCAGUAGCUAGCGAGUUGUAUUUGAGAAACGCCACUUUGGCAUUUAAAUGCAUGACUGGUUGUGCUCCAGAUUAUUAUCCGAACAAUUUGUAAAGCGUGGAGACAUUAACCAGCGAUCCACGAGAAGUUCACAGAAAUUGAACAUUCCACUAUUUAAAAGUGCCACUGGCCAAAGGACUUUUUAUUAUAGAACUGUAAGCUUGUGGAACUCUCUGGAGUCUAAGUUUAAACUUUGUCCAAAUGUUGUAAGUUUUAAGAGAAGCCUUCGAAACAAACUUCUCAGCGACUUCUUAGCUAUUUAAACUUUUAAACCUUUAAACUCAUUAUAGUAAUGUGUAUGUCUAUAAAAUAGUAAUUAGGUACUUAUAUUCCUGUAUAUAUAUGUAUAUACAUAUUUUUAUAUUUAUGUAAAUUAUUGCAUUUCUUUUGUAAUUAUCUUUGAAAAGCUCCUCUGUGGGAAAGAUAAUAAAUUUCUAAUCUAAUAAAUUUCUAAUCUAAUCUAAUCUACCAAGGUUCCUCACGCUGAGGACAAGGUACCUCACACUGAGGACAAGAUAGUUCCUCACGCUGAGGACAAGGUUCCUCAUGGUGAGGACAAGAUUCCUCACGCUGAGGACAAGCUACCUCACACUGAGGACAAGGUACCUCACACUAAGGAAAAGGUUCCAUAA